GAGGAGUUUUCAUUUCGCCCCGAGGCAGCCCCAGGGAGGCGCAGUGAGAGCGGAGCAGGGCCGCCACCGCCGGGCGCAGCAGCCGCCGCGAUGGACUCGGGCUGCUCCUCCCUGCGAGCCCGCUCCUGCCGGCGAGGCCCCCGCGGCGGGCGGCCGCUGCUGCUCUCCGCCGCGCUGGCGGGGGUGCUGCUCCUCGCCGCCCGCGCGCUCGCGCCGCCCGCCUUCGCGCUGCCCGCCGCCGCGGGCCAGGGCGGCCGCGCGGCGCGGCUCGGCGGGUCGGAGACCAGGGCCCCAGCGCUGGCCGACGCGGCGGCCCCUGCGCAGCCGGGCCCCGACGGGCGCGGCGGCGCCCCGGAGGGCUCCGCGGCCGGGCGGGCCGCCUGGGCCGCGGCGGCGCUCGCGCUGUGCCUCGGGCUCCUGGCGCCAGCGGGGCCGGCCCAGGCGUGGGACAGGACGUUCAUCAGGCCAACGGAGAUUACGUCCUUCGACAAGUUCGUGGACAGGCUGGGGAAGCAGUUCGUGCCGCUGCAGAAAGCCCUCGGGCAGGCAGAGAGGGACGUCGAGGAGACAGAGCUCACGCUGGAGUCUAUCAAGAAGGCGGAGAUCGUGCUGCAGAAGAUGGAGAAGAAGGAGGAGGCUAUCAUCAAAGGCGAUGCCCCAGUGGCGGACCCCUUUGCCAAGGACAACCUGCAGACACUGAAGGCCGAAGAGAAGGCGAUGGAAGUCCUGGAGAAAGCAACCGAGGAGGUGAAGGCCAAGGCGGCGGAUCCGGAAGAGAAGAACGUGGUCGAGGAUAUACUCAAGAAGGAAGAGAAGGCCGAGGCCAUGAUCAUCAAGGACGAGGCUAAGCUCGAGUCGGCGGAGGCGCCGAAGGAGGCGCCGAAGGACUCGCCGAAGGAGGCGCCAAAGGAGGAGGCAAAGGAGGCACCGAAGGAGGCACCGAAGGAGGAGCCGAAGGAGGCGCCGAAGGAAGCGCCGAAGGAGGCGCCGAAGGAGGAAGUGAAGGAGGCACCGAAGGAGGCGCCGAAGGAAGCGCCAAAGGAGGAGGUCAAGGACACGGCUAAAGACGAGGCGUCUGCCAUAUUGAAGAAGGAAGCCGAGAUCAUGAAGGUCCUCGAAGAGAAAAAGGCGGCGGCCGAGCAGGCUGAAAAAGAGGCGCAGGCUAAUCUGGCGAAGGUCAAAGAGCAGGUCGCAGAAGAGGUGAAGAAGGAAGAGGCUGUGCUUGCUGACGUGAAGGACGACCUCAUCAAGGAGGCCAAGAAGGAGGCCGCGGAGCAGAACAAGGACGUGGUGGAGGUGGCGAAGGAGCUCGAGCAGAAGGCGGAGGUCGAGCUGGGGAAGGUCAAGCAGGAGAUCAUAGCGGAGGCGAAGAAGGACAAGGUAGACGCCAAGUCGUCGGCGCUGAUGGGCAUCGAGAAGAAGGCCGAGUCGAAGCUCACGGAGGUCAAGGGCGCCUUCUCUGAAAUGGUCGAAGGCAAGUGAGACCAGGACCGGCAAGUGAUUGGCAUUUGUGCGCUGGUAUCCUGUAUGGAGGGACGGGCCUGCAGACGGAGUGCCGCACAGCCAGUUGGCGAUGGUUGUGCAGCAUUGAUACCAUGCUUCGCUACGUCCGGCGCAACAGAUAAGACAUUGGCCUCCGAGCAAGCGCAUCCAGGGUGUCUCUCGACAUACAAACCGAGGGCUGUGUAGAGGCACUUCUUUGGCCAGAGGAUGCGCACCAUACUAGUUUGUCCCGACUCUCUGUUACCCGUGGCAUGUGCUGGUUCGGCCAGCCAAGCAGGAACGCGCUGUAGCCCAGCCCCUUCGGUGCUCCUUCUGAUUCUGCGGCCGUUUCUUCGGAUUUCACUGCCUG